UUUCCUGGCUUCGGCUUCUCGUAACAUUGCGAGAAUUCAGUUGAGUUUCUACUUAAGAUCUUCAACGUACGCAUAACAUUCUUAUUUGUUUUUCGACAUCAUCAUCAUCAUCAUCUCUUUUUUCAUUUGUGCGCUCCCCGUUUUUUUUUUAAUCAUUUUAUUUUGUUUUGAUUGGUUUAUUGUUUCUUCUUUUUUUUAAAUUCACUGUGUACUGUGAAUUUGCUUUUAAUUUUCGGAAUAAAAUUGAAAAAUGAAAUCAAUUAUCAUUGUGUUCAUAUUGACAAAUUUAUUAUAUCAACAUUGCUUCGGGUACACGGAAAAGCGAACAUUUCGCGAACGAAGCAAAAUUCAUUGCAGAUUGAGGAAACAGUGCAAACAAUACGACGAAUGGGACGAUAACUACCGGGAAAUGAUGCAAUUAAGCGAUGUGCCUGGAUCACAACCGGAGGGAUAUUUGGUACGAUUCCCAUUUUAUGCAUUGGCCGAACGAGAUGCGCAUAUCGUGUUUAGCGAAACCGAAAAUCCUGAUUGGUUUGUCGACGAUGUUUAUGAAUUUGUGUUUGCGGGCUGGGAGAAUAAACGGGCCACUCUGCGACGGAAGCGGCAGGACCAAGAGCUGGUAUUUCAAUACACCGAUGAGAUACUCACCAAAAAUAGUCCAUUGAAAUUAUUAAUUGAAAUUACAUCCGCUGGUGAUAUUCGGGCAUAUGUUGAGCACACACUGAAACCAAUUAUCGAAUUUAAAGAUUCGAAUCCGUUGCAAAUCAAAUACUUUGGAUUUUCAUCGCUGGGACAGUCGUUGGCGCGUUACUUUUAUGAUUGCCGCGGUGAUGAAGUGUACACAAAAUCACAGCUCCAAUCGCAAUGUCAGCAUGUAAAUACGACAAGCAAUGAACACACACAAUUUCAUCGCAUACCGGACAAUUCGAUUACUGACACGGAUCAAUAUUCAAUUGAAAUUCCUUUGUAUGUGGCCGCCUCCCAUGAUGCACACAUUUUACUCGCAUCCGACAAUUCAUUCAAUUCAAUUCGCAAUGGAUAUGAAUUCGUUAUUGGUGACGAUAUCAAUCGACGUGUUUCGAUCCAUAAAAUUGGACGUCAAUCCACAAGCACGUUAGCCGACUUUCGACGCGCUGAUAUCUUUCUACCCAAUGAAGUGCUCAAUCUUAUUGUGCAAAUCUCUAAAUCGGGAAAAAUUGAAUUGUUCUCCAAACACGAUCAUACACAAUACAAACUUUUAGCUAGUGUAGAUGACCAUAGCUAUGACCUGAGUGUUAAUCCACUACAAUACAUCAGUUUUGCAUCGUUUAACAGCACUCCAAUGGAUUUUUAUUACGAUUGUUCUAUGGCACCGACUUAUAUUGACACUCAAUUGGCCACCAAAUAUGCUGCUGUCGGUCAUCCACUUCUCCUAGAAGAUCCAACAUUCCAAACACCAGUCGAUAAACGAAAUUGGUUGACGAGUCGAUGCAAACAAUAUUCAAAUUUCAAAUAUGAAUACAAGGAUUUCAUCAAAUUGAGCGAUAUUCGAGACAGUAAGCCAAACGGUUACAUAGUACGAUUGGCAUUUUAUGCACAAGGCACGCGAAAUGCUCAUGUAUUACUAUCUCGAACAGCGACUCCAAAUUUAGCUGCAGAACCUGUCUACGAGUUCAUCAUUGGCGGCUGGGUGAAUUCAAGAGUGUUGAUUCGACGUAAAAAAAGCGAUGUGAAUCCAUUGCAACAGGUUUUCGUCCCACCUAUUCUUUCGGCUCAAACGCCAGUCAAAUUUAUUAUUGAAGUUGCAAACAGUGGCACGGUUCGCAUCUAUGCUGAAAGUGACAAAAUCGAACCAAUUGCCAGUUUUUUCGAUCCAAUUGUUUUACCCGUCAACUAUGUCAGUUUCUGUGGAUAUGAUAACCUAGUGCGAUUCUACUAUGACUGCAGUGGACAGCAUUAGAAGAACACAUACAGAGAAAGAGACAAUGACUCGCACUAAACAUUUAACGUCUUAUUUAAUGAUAGAUUAGCACUAAAUGUCACAAUUGAAUAACCGUCCAAUAAUCUUAAAUGCCUAUUCCAGUGUACGACACAGCAUAUGCACACACACAGUUGUUAUGUAUGCAUCACGCAUACUAAUUUAUUAGCAUAAUUCAUGACAAUAAAGAGAUUAUCUAAUACAA